AUGGGGGAGAGCGCGGUAGACCGCUCCUCUGCUCAGGUGGUGAUGAAGGCGGAGGGGCCCCCAGUGUUCCAGUACUCGGAGGAGGCGGACCUAGAGCUGGACGAAACUGAUUCCCCAUCUGACCUGCAAUUGGUGAAAAGAAGAUGGCAAUUCCCAAAUGUUACUACAGUCCCCCAACCAGCUCUUGCUGGUUUCUCUGGUAGAGCAUUUAUGUCAUGUCCAUGAACAGAACCCGCAGCGCUCUAAACAACUUUUUAGAUUGCUUUGCCAAACCUUCACAAGAAUGGGCCUCCUGACUCCGUUUGCCUUCAGUGAUGAGUUCAGCUCCGUGAGACUGCAGCACAGCACAGCGAUCACGGAACUACUAAAGGCUGCUAAUCGGCACAUGCACAAAGAGGAAAUUACCAAUGGUGACCUAAAUACACAUUUGAACAGGGCAAAGGAUAUGCUUGCCGAGGCACAGACUUCUCGUUACUUGAAUGAAUUUGAGGAAAUUACACAGCUUGGGAAAGGUGGAUAUGGAAAGGUCUACAAGGUCCGCAACAAGCUGGAUGGCCAGUUCUAUGCAAUAAAAAAAAUUCUGAUUAAGAAGGUGUCGCGCAGAGAUUGUAAAAAGGUUCUUCGUGAAGUUAAGGUGUUGGCUGGCCUGCAGCAUCCCAAUAUUGUUGGUUACAAUACAGCCUGGAUGGAACAUGUUGAGCCGCCACACUCAAAAUGCAAAACUGCUCCCACAUUAAAAGCUAUUAGAGGUUCUUCCAACCAAAGGCCUCAGGAACAUUUUAAAGAUAUCCAGAGCACAGAGAGCAGUGAUGGCUCCAUUGUGUUUGCUGACUCUGGAGAGGGGAACCCCCCUGCCGCCUCUGCUUCACAGAGUAUUAACAUGAUGUCUGUAAAAAGAAAGACGUGUUCUGCUGAGAGCAAGAUGCAAAACUUUACUGCAUCUGAUGUUUAUUACUGCAGGAACAAAGACUCGAAUGCCAAUGUCCGCCCAGUGUCCAGUGUAUAUAAAAAGUUUGAUACAUCUCCGGAGCUGUGCCGGAGAGACCGUUGUCCGUUCAGCUCGGAGGAUGAUAUAGAUGAUGGAAGUGACUCAUCUUGUGAUGAAGAAGAUUGUCCUCACAAGGAAUUAUGCUUACAUCGAUACUUUGAAAUACAGUAUCACUUGAUGCUACAUAUACAGAUGAAAUUAUGUGAAAAGUCUUUGUGGGAUUGGAUUGAAGAGAGAAAUGAGCGUUACAGGAAAGAGAGAGCUUCUUCAAGAUGCUUUGAGUUUGUGGAUGUGUCUAGCGCACUCAGCAUAUUCUACCAACUUCUGCAAGGAGUGCGAUAUAUCCAUUCUAUGGGAGUCCUUCAUAGAGAUCUGAAGCCAAGAAAUAUUUUCUUGCAAGGACCAGACUUGCAUGUACGCAUUGGGGAUUUUGGGCUCGCUUGCAGAGAUAUUUUGCAACCUUCAGACCACGGGUUAAAGAAAGAUGGGACCACAGACUCAAUGCAUACUUCAGGAGUUGGCACCUGUUUAUAUGCUGCUCAAGAACAGUUAAAAGGAUCACACUAUGAUUUUAAGUCUGAUAUGUACAGUGUGGGUGUUAUAUUAUUGGAACUCUUCCACCCGUUCUGGACUGAGAUGGAGAGAAAUGACAUUUUAACAUUGUUGGGCAAAGGCAUUGUUCCAAAAUCCUUUGAAAAUCAUUGGCCAAUGCAAACCAGAUAUGUUAAGCUACUCACCAAUGCAGACUGUGGACUGCGACCAUCUGCUGAUCAAAUGCUGAAAUGUGAACUCUUUCGUGAAAAGGAAAAUGUGAUCCAGAAUCUCCAGCAAAAAGUUCUCAGUUUAGAGGAGGAAAACGAGAGACUGAAAAAGAGCCUAGAGCUGUUACAAGAACAGAUGUCAAUCAGACCGGGAAUAGAAUCCCCGGUAUAA